GCUCCAGCGCUUUCAAGUAUAAAACUCAUGUUUUCGCGAAAGGGUUUGUAGCUUAGUUGGUUAAGAGCGUUCAACCAUGCACCGGAGGUCGUGAUUUUGAUUCCCGUUCUCUCGUUAUGCUGUGUGAAAAGGAAGAAAAAAAAAAAAAAAAAAAAGCUCAUUUUUUGUUCUGUGUCUGCAGAUCUAUGCUGAUUUGCUGGUUUGAAAAUCUUAGAUCUGCAAAUAACUGCUUCCAACUGAAGAAAUCUAGCACUCAAAGUUGAAAUUUUACCAGAGCCAUGGAUCUUGAGAGAAUUAAGUGUUGGGACGCUUCAAAGAAGGAUUCUUGGAAGAAUGUUAUGCUCUUGGCCUACCAGAGCCUUGGAGUAGUGUAUGGUGACCUGAGCAUUUCCCCUCUCUAUGUUUACAAGAGCGCAUUUGCAGAAGACAUUCAACAUUCGGAUACGAAUGAAGAGAUUUAUGGUGUACUUUCUUUUGUCUUCUGGACUCUUACUUUAGUUCCGCUGGUCAAGUAUGUCUUUAUAGUCCUUCGAGCUGAUGAUAAUGGAGAGGGUGGUACAUUUGCACUGUAUUCACUGAUAUGUAGGCACGCAAAAGUAAGCCUUCUCCCCAACCGCCAGCUUGCUGAUGAGGCACUUUCUACUUAUAAAUUGGAGCACCACCCAGAGAAGGAAAAAAGUUCGAGGGUGAAAGUUGUACUCGAGAAGUGCAAGACCUUGCACACUGCCUUGCUAAUUCUUGUUCUUCUUGGAACUUGUAUGGUAAUUGGCGAUGGAGUGCUCACUCCAGCAAUUUCAGUCUUUUCUGCGGUGUCUGGCCUGGAAUUAUCCAUGUCCAAGGAGCAUCACCAGUAUGCUGUGGUUCCAAUUACUUGUUUCAUAUUGUUGUGUUUAUUUGCACUUCAACACUAUGGCACCCAUCGAAUCGGAUUCCUUUUUGCACCAGUGGUGUUGGCAUGGCUUCUGUGCAUCAGUGCUCUUGGCUUGUAUAAUAUAAUCCACUGGAACCGGUAUGUCUAUCAUGCUCUGUCUCCGUAUUACAUGUUCAAGUUCUUGAGGAAGACAAGGAUAAGUGGCUGGAUGUCUUUGGGUGGAAUAUUGCUGUGCAUAACAGGCUCGGAGGCAAUGUUUGCUGAUCUUGGCCACUUCUCAUAUAAUGCCAUUCAGGUUGCUUUUACCUUUUUGGUUUAUCCAGCUCUUAUAUUGGCAUAUAUGGGGCAGGCUGCUUACUUAUCGCAGCAUCACCACAGCAGUCACCGGAUCAGCUUUUAUGUCUCGGUUCCAGAAACUGUGAGAUGGCCCGUGCUUGUACUAGCCAUUCUUGCUUCUGUUGUGGGAAGCCAAGCAAUCAUCAGCGGAACAUUUUCUAUCAUAAACCAGAGCCAAUCAUUAAGUUGUUUUCCGAGAGUCAAGGUCGUCCACACUUCUGACAAGGUACAUGGCCAGAUAUACAUUCCCGAGAUCAAUUGGAUGCUCAUGAUCCUCUGCAUUGCAGUGACCAUUGGAUUUAGAGACACAAAACACCUAGGAAAUGCUUCUGGGCUAGCAGUGGUGACGGUUAUGUUGGUUACCACAUGCCUCACCUCCUUGGUGAUUGUCAUUUGUUGGCACAAGCCACCUAUUGUAGCCCUUUGCUUCCUAAUCUUCUUUGGCUCCAUUGAAUUGCUCUACUUCUCAGCUUCGCUCACCAAGUUCCGAGAGGGUGCCUGGCUUCCCAUCCUUCUUGCGCUGUUCCUCAUGACUAUCAUGUUUGUAUGGCACUAUGCAACCAUCAAGAAGUAUGAAUAUGACCUCCACAACAAGGUUUCAUUAGACUGGCUUCUAGCUUUGGGUCCAAGCCUGGGAAUCGCUCGGGUCCCUGGCAUUGGCCUAGUGUUCACAGAUCUCACCUCCGGCAUUCCUGCUAACUUCUCCCGCUUUGUAACCAACCUCCCUGCUUUCCACCGCGUCUUAGUUUUCGUGUGUGUAAAAUCAGUCCCUGUCCCUUAUGUGCCACCUGCUGAGCGUUACUUGGUGGGUCGCGUUGGUCCUGCAGCUCAUCGGUCCUACAGGUGCAUUGUUCGUUAUGGAUACCGUGAUGUCCAUCAAGAUGUUGACUCCUUUGAGACAGAACUAGUUGAAAGGCUGGGUGAUUUCAUCCGAUAUGACUGGUGUCGAACACAGAGAACUAGCUCCUGCACUGAGGAUAAUGCAUCAAGGUCUACUGACACAAGCGAGUGUAGACUAGCUGUCAUUGGAACAGUAGCAUUUUCUGGUGCAUCAGCUUAUGAGAUGGAGGAGACUCUACCAGCAAGUGUAUCUGUUGGUUUCCCAACUGUAGAAAGCAUAACAGACGUUAUUGAGAUGGAACUGGUUGAAAGAAGAGUGAGGUUUGCCAUCGACGAGGAGUCUCAGCCCGACACCCAGCCUGAGAAUACAACGCUGAUACGCGAAGAGCUUGGGGAUCUCUACGCAGCUCAAGAGGCUGGGACUGCAUUUAUACUUGGGCACUCACACGUUAAAGCGAAGCAAGGCUCGUCGUUUAUGAAGAGAUUCGCCAUUAACUUCGGUUAUAACUGCCUGAGGAGGAAUUGCCGGGGGCCAGACGUGGCGCUGAAGGUCCCGCCGGCGUCUCUUCUCGAGGUUGGCAUGGUUUAUAUUGUGUAGACCAGACGGACAUGUUACCUACCGAAAUAGCUUUGUCUUUGUUUCACUCAUGUCAUAGUCUCAUUGAUGAAAUUGGCUACCAGAAAGUUGUAAAGGUUACUCUUUUCUUGAGUGGAUAUGAGGCUUGACCCGUUA